GCCGCGGCUGCCGGGGCCAGAGCGCGCGGGGGCCGGCGGCGCUGCCCGGCCGCCUCUGGGCGGGCGCUGAGGGCGCGGCUCCGCAGCCCGGCGAUUCCCGCUGAAAUGCGGCGCCCCACGCUGGCAUGAGCCCCCCCGUCGGGAGCAGCGCGCCCCGGGCACCGCCGCUUUCCCUGGCCGCAGCUCGGUGUCGGGAAGAAAGCGCUGUCGCCGACUGUCGCCGCGGAGCCGCCGCUCGCGGCAGCGCCGGACGCCGGGCAAGGGACGGACGACACUGCUUUUCCAGUGAGUGGUGCUUCGUGUUGCACAGGCAGAUAGGUUCCAUCUGAGACACCAGCCCAAUUGCUGGAGCUAGGGAAGGGAUGGGAAACUGCCCCCAAGUACUUUCUCUGUCACAACUUGGCCAAAGCUCUUGACUGCAUCUGCCUAGUUCUUGGUCUAGAGAUAAAUGUCACUGAGGACUGCCUGGGGACUAAUUUGCCUCUGAAUGGUGACUUCUAAUGAUUCAGCAGGUUUGGCACACUGGAAGCAUGGCUACAAGUGCCGUUCCCAGCGAAAACCUCCCCACGUACAAGCUGGUGGUUGUUGGAGAUGGUGGUGUGGGGAAGAGUGCUCUCACUAUUCAGUUUUUCCAGAAGAUUUUUGUGCCAGACUAUGACCCAACUAUUGAAGACUCCUACCUGAAACACACAGAAAUCGAUGGGCAGUGGGCAAUUCUUGAUGUUCUGGAUACUGCAGGCCAAGAGGAGUUCAGUGCAAUGCGGGAACAGUACAUGAGGACUGGAGAUGGUUUCCUCAUCGUCUUCUCGGUGACAGACAAGGCCAGCUUUGAGCACGUGGACCGGUUCCACCAGCUGAUCCUCCGAGUCAAGGACAGGGAGUCUUUUCCAAUGAUUUUGGUUGCAAACAAAGUUGAUCUAAUGCACUUACGGAAAAUUACAAGAGAACAGGGGAGAGAAAUGGCAACAAAACAUAACAUUCCUUAUAUAGAAACGAGUGCCAAGGACCCACCUCUGAACGUGGACAAGGCCUUCCAUGAUCUCGUGAGGGUAAUAAGGCAACAGAUCCCAGAGAAAAGCCAGAAGAAGAAGAAAAAGACCAAAUGGCGAGGGGACAGAGCCACGGGCUCCCAUAAACUCCAGUGUGUGAUUUUGUGAUGGGACACCCUGGGAGUGCCUUGGAUGCCUCCCUCCUCCCUCCUGACCCACCACCAGCCCGGGCAAGGAGCCGCAGCUCGAUGCUGAUGCCCACUCGGCCCCGUGGCCCCCCGGGCUCCCUACGGCGGCUCAGACUCGGAGCAGGCGGCUCAAAGGGUCCGGAGCCCCGGAGAGGGGCUGCACAUCGGGGCCAGCGUGGGAGCUCUGCAAAUGGGAGGCAGAAGGGAUCAGCAGGACCCCAACUCUCAAACAUCCCCAGCAUUUUCCAGGGGCCUCCAUGAUGUUUAUAAAAACAAAAAAAGAAGGCAGAAGUUUAAAAAAAAAGUGUUGGUUUUAUCUGCAAACAUUUCUCUUUGUGACCCAUUUCUGAACAGCCUUGAAUAGCCCCCCUGUUUGGUACAGUUUUCUGUGUAUGUGUGGGGGAAGGGAAAGGGUUUUUCUUUCUCUUAAUUUUUUUUGUUCUCUUCUUCCUUUUUGUUGUUUGCUCAGCAAGUGUUGGGUUGCAAAGAAACAACGGCCAGGCUUAGAUUUUUUGCACUGGACUCUCUCUUGGGCGGCAGUGCCAAAACACAACUUCAUAUGAAAGUGCAUAGAUUUGGAGGAAGAAAAUUAAUUCCAGCUGCUCUGGGUGCUCCAGACAUUGUGUCAGACUCUGGAGGGUUGCCAGCUCACAGACCAUAAACUCCAGUUUAGGAAAGGAGGUUUGGGCUUGGAUUAUAUAUUUUUUUUCUUACCCUUUGUCAAGAGGUUUUGUUUCUGUUUUGUAACUUCGGAAAUGUCAAACUUAAGACAUUUUGUUAACCUGGAAGUAUUUAAAUUAAAGUAAUUUACAAAUGGAA